UGUGUAGCAUAUUGUAUAUCGAUCGCUUCUUAAUGUCAUAUUUUACAAAAAAGCACGACGUGUUUCUUAGCUUUAGAGGCGAGGACACUCGUUAUGGUAUAACAAGCCAUCUUUACGAUGCACUGAAUCACAAGUCAAUAAAAGCAUACAUAGAUUACCAGCUGAAUAGAGGAGAAGAAGUAUGGCCAGCACUUGCGGAAGCAAUUGAGGAUUCACACGCCUCCAUAGUUGUUUUCUCUGAAAAUUAUGCAACAUCAAAAUGGUGUUUGGAAGAGCUGGUGAAAGUGCUGGAAUGCAGAAAAGUUCAUGGUCAAGUUGUUAUACCUGUCUUCUAUAAAACUGAUCCUUCUCACAUAAGAAAACAAACGGACAGUUAUGAGAAAGCUUUUGCGAAACAUGAAAGAGAUCUUGGGACUAAAAAUAGUGUUUCCAAUAAAAAUAAAGUGCUUAAUUGGAAAGCUGCUCUUACGGAAGCGGCCAAUAUCUCUGGAUGGGACACUCAAACUCACAAGGAUGAAUCUAACUUGUGAAUGACGUAUUGCAAAAGCUACAACUGAGGUACCCUAAUGAACUGGAAGGCGUUGUGAGAAACGAAGAAAACUAUAUAUCUGUAGAAUCAUUACUGAAAAGUGUUAGAAUACUUGGAAUUU